CCUCUCUGCAGCUGUUCCCGGUCUGCAGGUCCCGGUUCCCGCAGGCCAGUGAAGAUGCGGGCAGCGGGGAUGCGGCUGGCCGCGGCGGUGCUGCUGGUCUCCGCGGCGGUGAGCGGGUCGCGGGCCGAGGUGAUCGAUGACGUCCUGACGAGCCUGUCCCGCGGCGUGUCCUUUCUGGAGCGGCAGCACGAACACAUCAACCUGGACGGGGCCGUGGGCUUCGUCAUGCUGCAGGCUGAGCUGAAAGCAGCAGUCCGGACAUGGCCCCACACCGACCCGGUCAGCUGGGCUCAGAGAACCACUGUGGUGGCUCUGGUCAAACGUCUCGACCAAAGUCUGGAGAAGGCCGUCACCGCUCUGAAGCAGAACGACCCCAAAUACUACAGAGAGUUUGAACCUUUAUUGUCCUGGACGUUCUGGCUGAUUCCUCAGGAGUGGCGGUCCACAGACCCCAGCCUGGUUUAUUCCUCCACCAUGACAUCCGAGUGUUACGAUGAGCAGCUCAGUGACAAGUGUCUGACGCUGCUGCUGGGAACCUGGUACGCGUCCACAAAGAAGAUGAACGGGACACCCUGCAUCGUCACCAAACCCUGCCGGGACACCAUGACUCGUUUUGGUUGUCCGUUUUACUCUCUGUCUCACCAGCUGCUCUACUUUAUGAUUGGAAGAAUGAAAGGCUGUAACAACCUGCUCAAAGGGGACACGAGAGCACCCAGAGCCAACAUGACUGAACAAAACUACCAGGAAAUCUUCUGUUCCAACAUGAUGAAGGCCAACCAGGACAUCGUCACAGACGGGUUAUCCGAGCAAACGGUCGACAUCUUCAUUGAAAACAUCCUGAUCUGUGGACUGGCUGGAUUCUCAGACUUCCACAAAGCUGAUUGGCUGCAGCACAUCCUCAGGCUGCAGGACGAGGAAGUUGGCUGCUUCGGCAGAGACAGGAGCUUCAUCUCUCAGAUGAUCGGGGACGAGCUGCUGGAACAGCUGCAGCCUCACAGGAGAGUGAAGAGGAGAGAAAAAAUACUUCCAGACGGCUGUUCCAGUCACAUGACGGCAGUGGCGGUCGGCGCUCUGGGAGGAUACCUGAACUUUUAUCUGACAGAACAGGACAUAACGAAGAGGCCGCUGUCCUGAACAACAGGACCUGUUCACACGAUCCUCAGAGAUGUUCCUCACUGACGAACACUGACCCGUUACGUUAUGAACAUGGUUGGAAGACACAAAGAGCGGAAGAGAUUUUUUCAAAUCGUCAUGUGAAUGGGUUUUGUGAGUUUAAUCAAUUAAGCCGACCUCUUAAACAUAUAUAUGAAUAUUAAAUCCCCCAAAAGAUCCCAAAUGAAAGUAGUGGUGCUUCAAUUUUCAAGUUGAAUACAUUUGAAUAUUGUGAUUUUCUGUAAUGCAAUUACAAAAACAAAAAUGUCAUACAUUCUGGAUUCCUUACAAAUCAACUGAAAUAUUGCAAGCCUUUUAUUAUUUUUAUAUUGCU